AUGAAGGUGGGGAAUGGUCAGCAGUUUUGCAAAUGCAGCGGGGGUCAGUGCUUUUAUUGGGCUGAGCUCUUGGAAGACUCAGGUCCUUGGGUCAUAGGCAUCACGGACCAAUCUGAAGAAAACUGCAUUUCAGGGCCUGUUAAGGCUACAACUCCAGUUGGAGGUCCAAAACAUGUUCUCGUGACUCAGCAAUUUCCUUGUCAGAAUCCAUUACCUGCAAAUAGUGGCCAGGCUCAGUGGGUCUUGUGUCCUUCAAAUUCUUCCCAGCGUGUUCCUUUGCAAGCACAAAAGCUUGUCUCCAGGCACAAGCCAGUUCAGAAUCAGAAGCAGAAGCAAUUGCAGGCAACCAGUGUACCUCAUCCUGCCUCCAGGCCACUGAAUAACACCCAAAAGAGCAAGCAGUCCCCGCUGUCGGCACCUGAAAAUAAUCCUGAGGAGGAACUGGCAUCAAAACAGAAAAAUGAAGAAUCAAAAAAGAGGCAAUGGGCUUUGGAAGACCUUGAAAUUGGUCGCCCUCUGGGUAAAGGAAAGUUUGGUAAUGUUUAUUUGGCAAGAGAAAAACAAAGCAAGUUUAUUCUGGCUCUUAAAGUGUUAUUUAAAGCUCAGCUGGAGAAAGCAGGAGUGGAGCAUCAACUCAGAAGAGAAGUAGAAAUACAGUCCCACCUCCAACAUCCUAAUAUAAUCAGACUGUAUGGUUAUUUCCAUGAUGCCACCAGAGUCUACCUAAUUCUGGAAUAUACACCACUUGAAACAGUCAAUACAGAACUUCAGAAACUUUCAAAGUUUGAUGAGCAGAGAACUGCUACUUAUAUCACAGAAUUGGCAAGUGCCCUGUCUUACUGUCAUUCAAAACCAGUUAUUCAUAGAGACAUUAAGCCAGAGAACUUACUUCUUGGAUCAGCUGGAGAGCUUGAAAUUGCAAAUUUUGGGUGGUCAGAACAUGCUCCAUCUUCCAGGAGGACCGCUUUCUGUGGCACCCUGGACUACCUGCCCCCCGAAAUGAUUGAAGGUCGGAUGCAUGAUGAGAACGUGGAUCUCUGGAGCCUUGGAGUUCUUUGCUGUGAAUUUUUAGAUGGGAAGCCUCCUUUUGAGGCAAAUACAUACCAAGAGACCUACAAAAGAAUAUCACGGGUUGAAUUCACAUUCCCUGACUUUGUAACAGAGGGAGCCAGGGACCUCAUUUCAAGACUGUUGAAGCAUGAUCCCAGCCAGAGGCCAGUGCUCAGAGAAGUACUUGAAUACCCCUGGAUCACAGCAAAUUCAUCAAAACCAUCAAAUUGCCAAAACAAAGAAUCAACUAGCAAGUAUUCUUAGGAAUCGUGCAGGGGGAGAAAUCCUUGAGCCAGGGCUGCUGUAUAACCUCUCAGGAACAUGCUACCGAAAUUUAUUUUACCAUUGACUGCUGCCCUCAAUCUAGAACACUACAAGAAAUAUUUGUUUUACUGAGCAGGUGUGCCUUAACCUCCCUACUCAGAAAGCUCCACAUCAAUAAACAUGACACUCUGCAGUGAAAGUAGCCACGAGAAUUGUGCUACUUAUACUGGUUCAUAAUCUGGAGGCAAGAUUCGACUGCAGCCACCCCAUCUGUCUGUGCCAGCCAUGGUGUCCUCCCAGGAGGCAAAUCCAGAGUCUGGCUAUGGGGAAAGUGACCACUUUGUCCUGACUCGAUCGGUUAAGGAGCUGUCCAAUAACCUUCCAAGUACGUGAGUGAGUGUGUAGCUUAUUGGGUUGGCCAAGCCUGGUAAAGCUGUUGGACUAAGUAUGUGAUUCUUUUUAAGUAGGAAAAUAAAGAUAUUUGUACAGAAAAAAAAAGUACUUUUAUUUUACUGUGGACAGCUGCUAGAGAUAUAGUGAUACCACUCUCUUCUAUAUUUGAAUUAUCAAAGUAUGACUUUAUGUUACUUUGUAUAUUUAAUUACAAAAGAAGACUGUCCUCUGUAGCUUUACAAGAUGCUGAACCCUACCCUUUCCCAAUGUUUACAUUAAUGACAACUGUUAAAUUUUGUUUUUAUAAAGUAAAUACUAUCUACUUAAGACAUGAAGUAUGAUCUUACUGCUUUGUGGCUUUUUUGUUUGUUUUGUUUUUGUUUUUUAGAGACAGGGCCUCACUCUGUCACCCAGGCCAGAGUGCAGUGGCAUGAUCAUAGCUCACUGCAGCCUUAAAACUCCUGGAUUCAAGGGAUCCUCCCACCUCAGUCUCCUGUGUUGCUAGGACUACAAGUAUGCAGCACCAUGCCCAGAUAAUUUUUUUGGUUUUUGUUGAGAUAGGGUCUUGCUGUGUUGCCCAAGCUGGUCUUGAACUCCUGGGCUUAAGUGAUCCUCCCACCUGGACUCUCAAAGUGCUAGAAUUAUAGGCAUGAGCCACUCUUCCUGGUUUAUUACUUUGAAGUUGCAGGGAUGUGUGGAGUAUAGGUCCCCACUUUAUGGGUCCCCAUUUAACCUACAGUGACAUAAUUUCCAAUGCCUAGACCAGAACUUUCUGAAAUUUACAGUUGAGUUGGGCAAAAAUAUAAAUAAAUACAUAAAUAAAUAAAUACAUGAAUAGAGAGGGAGAGCCAGAAUAGUUGGAGAUAAUUUGGGUAUUAUAAUAUUGUGGAUUUCUUGAUUUACCUAAUAGUAAAAUAAUUUCUUGUUGACAUACUAAAAAUGUAGAAUAGUUUUCCUUCUUGCCUCUUUUACCAACCAGAAUAUAAAGCAUGUAGGGAAUUAUGUUGAAAUAAUCAAUUCAUGUUUUUAAGCAAUCUCUGAGAAAAAUGUGCUUUAUUUAGGAUAACCUAAAAUCAUAGAAUCACCUUGCAUAAUGGGCUAUCACAAAUGAUAAAAAAUACUCUAUUUUUUAUAUGUAGUAAAAAUAUUUUCUCUGGUUUGAGAUCAUACUAGGAGAGAAAAUAAUCUGAAAAUAGAACAUUUAUAGAGAUUUCAGAAAAUAUAUAGAGUUACUGGGUUUCUUUAAAAUUGGAAGAGGAUCAUACAGAUAAAAUUUUACCAGUGAGGAAAUUGAGAUUUGAGUGUUCUUCAGUUUCUUCAUUCAGGUAGUAUUUAUUGAGCAUCUACUAUGUUCUAAGCACAAAAUGAGUUUAAAGAUAAAUAAAAUAAGUCCCGCAAGCAAUUUUCAGCUAAUAAAAGAAGACAUGUAUGUGAAACGAUUGUUAGAGGUGUUAUGCUAUGAUAUGGCACAUGAUGGGGGAGAAUGAAGGAGUGUUGGUCUAGUCUAUACAGGAAACCCAGAAAGUAUUCAUAUAGGAGGUGAUAUUUUCACAUUAAUAGUUUAAAGAUGUCCAUCAGAUGGAGAGAAAAUAGACAACAGAUGUGAAACAGUAUGGGAUUCAGAAAGCUGCAAACAGUAAAUUGUGGUGGGAGGGUGGGAUGUGUUAAGAGGUGAAAUUGAAGAGGUUGGUGAAGGAGUUUAGAUUUUAUUCAGUAGCAGGGUCUUUAGAUUGAAGUAAGAGUACCUUGGGAUCAUGGAAAUUUAUAAAAGGUUGCUUGGGAACAGAUGAUUUUAAGUAAAUCAUUUUCCACAUGUACCUGUGAAAGUGCCUACUUUCUCACCCUGCCUUCUCCCACUUUAUCUCUGACACGUUUGUAGUCUUAUUAUAGUAAGUUGCUUCAAGGUGUAAAAAAAACCUCCCCUUUAAUCAAAGUGUUGUAAAUUCCUCCAUUCGUUUUAUUAUUAGUUUUCCAAAUUUUACUUUUUGUUUAAUUAUCAAGAUUUAUGAUAUAUUUAUGUUGUUUUCCUCACUUAUUUACAUAUAAUAAUUGUAAUAACUCAAGCAAGAAGAAAAAUGUUAAUACUUAAGAGUCUUACAGGAAAAUGUUUUCUUAAUUCAUAUCCUUUUUUGCAGAGAAAGUUUUGUACUGAUAAUAAUAAAAAAUCUGUGUUUAUUAGAAUAGCAUUCUGUGGAGGAAGUAGAAUAGAAAUAAGUAUUCAAGGAGAAUAAAGGACUUGUAAAAGCUGUUGAGAAGGUCAGCAUUUUUUUUUAAUGGAUGUUGGUGGGUAUCAUUUCCCUAUAGUGUUUAGAAUCCACUAAGUUUUAAAAAGUAAUAAUAGUUUUAUGUUUAAAUGUACAUGUUUAUAGUAUAACAGAAAUUACAUAUUUUUUGCAAGAGAUACAUACUAAAAAAUUCUUUUGGGGCAUAUAUGAACAAAAAAUUUGAAGGCCAUUCUCCUGUAAGACUCAGUGAUUCCCAGUCUUGUCUUUUCUUUUUUUUGUUGGCAUAAUAGCGUACAUAAGAAAAGUGAGAUAUGGACCCCAAACAGCUAAAACAAUUUUGGAAAAGAAGAAAAAAGUUAGAAGAUUCACACUUUCUGAUUUCAAAGCAUAUUGCAAAGCUGUAAUAACCCAAACUGUAUGAUACUGGCAUAAAGACAAACAAACCAAUGGAAUGGAAUAGAUAGCUGAUAAGUAAACCCUCACAUAUAUGGUCAAGAUGAUUUUCAGCAAGUGUGCCAAGAGCAUUCUUUGGGGGAAAAGUCAGCUUCUUCAACAUAUGAUGUUAGAGGAAGUGGCUAUCCAUAUGCAAAAGAAUGAAAUUGAAUCCUUAUCUUAUACCAUAUACAAAAAUUAAAUAGAUUAAAGACCUAAAUGCAGCACCUAACACUGUAAAACUUUAGAAGAAAACAUAGGAGAAAAGCUUCAUGACAUUGGACUUGCAUGCUUUUGGAUAUGACACCAAAAGCAUAGGCAGCAGAAGCAGAAGUGGACAAAUGGGGCUACACUAAGCUUAAAAACUUUGUGCAUCAAAGGACACAAUCAACAGUGUGAAAAGGCAGUUUUCAAAAUGGGAGAAAAUAUUUGCAAAUCAUGUAUCUGAUACGGGAUUAAUAUCCAGAAUAUAUAAAGAAUUCCUGCAACUCAAUAACAACAACAAAAAAUCAACCCUAUUUAAAA